CUUGGAAUGCGUCUGUGGCAAUGGCAUUAGUAGACCCCUCCAAUCCAGGUGGCGGCAUUCUUGUCGAUGCUAGUGCGGUCGGCCGUCCUAUAGGUGACACAUCAUCGUCCGCUGUGUUUGUCAAUGAGCUUCCAAAAAACUUUCAAGGCGGUGACGAAGCCUUGCAUUUUGCCCUAGGGGACCUUUUUGGACAGUAUGGAAAGAUCAAAAAGAUUGAGCUUUACAUGGAUGAGGGCAUUUUGGAGACGAAGAACUUCAAGGGCGAGGCACUUGUUGUGUACCACACGAGCAAAUAUACGGGCACCCACGACACUGGAGAUCCUGUAUACGAGGCUUGCCGUGACCUGGAUGGCAGGAUCAGAGUGCUGGGAUAUCGUAAUUGGCGCAUUCGAUGCGAGGCAGCUGUUUGGCAGAAGGAAGGCUUCAAUGUCAAGGAUCGAGCCAAAAAGUCACCCUGUGUUGAAAUCGCGAACCUCUGGGAGUACACUGCAUCGACCCCAAUGUCAUGGUUUAUGGAGAUCCAGGAUGUUAUCCGAAAGCAUGCAUCAGAGCACAUCAAAGAGCCGUUCGUGAAGGUUGAACCGUCAGAAGGAUUGGCGACAAUUUGGUGCAAAGGCGCCCAGGAUGCCAUGAAGCUUGCUGCCCUCAUGCAAAAGAGUUAUUUCAUGGGCCGAAAGGUCAUUGCGUCUUUGUGCAGAAAGGAAAAACCCAUCUCUGAAGCUUUGCCAAAGGUGCCUCGUCACUUAUCAAUGAAGGCAUCAGAGACUUCUUUGCUGGAACAGGCUGCCAUAGCACCUGGUAAGCUGGAUCCUGAAGUUGCAGCAGCUAUCAGGAAACAAGCAGAAGAGAUGGCAGCUGCACAGUCGAAAAAGGUUCAGAGCGUAGAGGAUGCAGAAGCAAAUGCAGAACUUAAAAUGGAGGGGCCAUCUUUUUUGCUUCGAGAAGGUUGUCAUGUGGUGCUGAAAGGCUUGGUCUCCAAGCCCGAGAACAAUGGGAAACGCGCCACAAUCGUUCGCUACUUGGACGAUCAACAGAAAUACCAGGUAAGUCUGGAAGGCAGAUUUGUCAAGCUGAAACCGGAGAAUGUUGAGGUGGUGGAAGAUCCCCUGCCAAAGCGAAUCCCCAAAGCGUUGGAAGAGGAUGAAGAAGAUGAAGCCGAAGAAAACAUUGCGGCCAAUGCGCAGGCAAUGGCAAAUGAAAUGGCAAACCCAACAGCUGCAGCGCCAAAGACUGAAGCAGACUUGGUGGCGACUGUUUGUGUAGAUCCGUCACUCCUUGGCAAGAAGGAAGAUGACGAGGUGGAGGAACGAGGGAGAAGCAGAUCUCGCGAGCGCUGGCGGAAAGAGAAGAACGAUGCGAUAGCUGCUCGUGUUGAAGCAAACAAAGCUGAGGGAAAACGGUGUGGAUGGGUAGUGUCUGGACCGCCAGUGCAAGGUUCGAAUCAGGAUUCUGGCGCAAAGGAGCCGGAAGAAUGCAGGGAUGAGCUCAUGAAGCUCCCUGUCUCAGCCCUCAAGCAACUUCUCAUCAAGUUUGGGAAAACAGCGCGCGGCUGUUUGGAGAAGAAGGACUUUGUGGAUAGACUGAAGCCAAGUUGACGCUGCGGACAAGGGAAAACAAAGGUAUCGAACGUGCUGCAGCCGCUGCAAAC